ACCAGAUGUAGACAGUCUGUUCUCAGUUAUCCAGUAGUGAUAAAAUUGCCAUCGAUUUAAAAUCAAGACCAUCUCCCCCGUUCGUUCGUCACCAUAACCAUGGCUGAUGGCGAAUCAGGGGAUCAAGAUGACGUAUCCUUCUUGCGAACGCAAGACAUGGUUUGCCUCUCCUGUACGGGAAUUGGAGAGCGUGUUUGUCUUUCAGCCGUGGGUUUUGGAAAUCGUCAAUGCUUCCUCGAGAGUAUUUCCGACAGAAAUUUUCCAUCCGAGCUCUCUCAAUGUGUGUUCAUGAUUGAACAAGGCCUCUCUGUCCGUGCUCUGCAAGAGCUCGUAACUUCUGAUGGGGAGGAAGCGGGAAGUGGCAGUGGCAGUGGCAUGGGAUCUGGCCACAAGACAUUGCUGUACGGAAAUGCGAUCCUUCUAAGGCACUCGAAUAGCAACAUGUUUUUAGCAUGCUUGUCAAGUAGCUCAAGUCGGGAUAAGUUGGCCUUCGAUGUUGGUCUGUGCGAGGAAUCCGAAGGCGAAUCAUGCUGGUGGACAAUCCAUCCCUCUUCUAAACAACGAUCCGAAGGUGAAAAAGUUCGAGUCGGCGACGAUGCCAUUCUUGUUUCCGUGGCCACGGAACGAUAUUUGCAAGCCACCAAAGAGGAUGCCAGUAUCAUUGUCAACGCCUCGUUUCACGUGACCCAUUGGUCAGUAACACCUUUUGCGACGGGACUAAGCCGAUCCAAGAACGUGGGCUGUGUAUUUGGAGGCGAUGUGCUCAGGUUUUUCCAUGCAGGCGAUGAGUGUCUUACUAUCCCAUCGAAUUGGUCGGAGCAUUCCCUUGAGAGCAAUAUUGUCAUUUAUGAGGGUGGCAAUGUUCUCACGCAAGCUCGCUCGUUAUGGCGGGUGGAAUUGGCCCGGACCAAAUGGUCUGGAGGUUAUAUCAAUUGGUACCAUCCCAUGAGGAUCCGCCAUCUCACGACAGGAAUGUAUUUGGGUGUGGACGACGACAUGAAUCUAUGCCUUUUGAAAAGAGAGCAAGCGAGCUUGGCAAGAAGUUGCUUUUACUUCCGUGAGACCAAAGACGACAACAAGGUCAUUUUAGAGGACAAGGAUCUAGAAGUUAUCGGAACGCCUAUGGUCUACUAUGAUGGUACUUGUGCCAUCCUUCAACACAUCGAGAGUGGCCUUUGGUUAUCUUACAAGACCAAUCAAGUUAAAAAGAAGGGAAUAGGCAUUGUUGAAGAGAAACAAUUAGUUCUCCACGAGGAGGGCAAAAUGGACGAUGGUUUGACUUUCAGCCGUAGUCAAGAUGAGGAAGCUCGUACUGCGGAAGUCAUCCGGAAAUGCCUUCAACUCUUUGGCGGGUUCAUUGCUGGAUUGGAAAAUAUUGUGAGCACACAGAGGUUGGAUGGAUUCAUGGAAAUGGUUGAUAUGGGAGAAGUUCUCGGAUGCUUGGAGGACCUUAUUACAUAUUUUUCGCAGCCCUCUGACGACAUGAUUCACGAGGAGAGACAAAAGUUUCUGAAGGCGCUCCGAAAUCGACAAGAUCUAUUCCAAGAGGAAGGUAUUCUCAACUUGAUCUUAGACGCCAUCGACAAGAUGAACGUGGUUUCGAGCCAUGGACUAUUUUCCUCCUUGGCUGGAGAAGAGGCCGGACAAAACUGGACUGACAUCUCUGGAUUCCUCUUUCAGUUACUCGCCGCUAUCAUUCGAGGCAACCAUACAAAUUGUUCGCAAUUCGCACAGGCUCAGCGAUUGAAUUGGUUGUUCAGUAAAUUGGGCUCUCAAGCCGGUAGUGAAGGAGCAGGUAUGAUGGACGUUCUCUACUGCAUCCUCAAUGACUCCCCAGAGGCCUUGAAUAUGAUGCAAGAGGAGCACAUCAAAGUCAUUAUCUCACUCCUGGAGAAGUUCGGGCGCGAUCCCAAGGUAUUGGAUAUUCUCUCCAAUCUUUGUGUGGGAAGUGGAGUGGCUGUGAGAUCGUCACAGAAUAACAUUGUAGAUUUCUUGCUUCCGGGUAAAAAUCUCUUGCUUCACACGGCUGUAGUCAACUAUGUGGCCAGUGCUCGACCCAACAUGUACGUCGGAUACGUCAAGGAAUCAGCCUUAUAUUCCAAAUGGUAUUAUGAGGUGACCUUGGACUUCAUUGAAGCAGUUGGUGAUCUCCCUUUGCACUUAAGGAUUGGAUGGGCCAGCACAACCGGGUUCACUCCAUAUCCUGGAGGGGGCGAAAAAUGGGGCGGUAACGGAGUGGGUGACGAUCUAUAUUCGUUUGGCUUUGAUGGAGCUAAUCUUUGGACGGGGGGAAGAAGCACUCCCAUUGUUCCAAAUCCGAACUUGCCUCAUCUGAAGAAGGGAGACAACAUCGGAGUGGCCUUGGAUCUCUCCGUUCCCAUCAUGACCUUUUUCCUCAAUGGAGUCAAAGUUCCUGGGUAUUUUCGAAACUUUAAUCUGGAUGGGAUGUUCUUUCCUGUCGUCAGUUCAUCAGCAAAAGUCAGUUGUCGCUUUUUGUUUGGAGGAGAUCAAGGUCGUCUGAAAUACUCACCGCCCAGCGAGUUCUCGGCAUUGUAUGAGAGCAUGUUCCCAAUGCAGGAGUUGAGGAUCGAGCCUGGAUUUUAUUUCGGUGAAACCAUGAAGAACCAACUACAUGGACCCUUUGAAUCUGAAGAGUGCGAUGUGGCAUUCGUGCCAAACCCGCUAGACACUUCUGGAAUUCAACUACCCUCAUCAGUUGAAAGCGUGAAAGAGAAGCUGGCUGAAAAUAUUCACGAGAUGUGGGCUGUUUCCAAGAUAGAGAAUGGAUGGACCUAUUCAGACGAGAGGAACGACGAUGAAUUGGAACAUCCGUGUUUGACUCAAUUUCAGAACUUGCCCUACGCUGAAAAGCGAUACAACAUCCAAUUGGCAGUUCAGACUCUUCGAACUAUAAUGGCAUUGGGCUACACUAUCUCCGUGGAUAAGCCUCCGUCUCGUAUUCGAACCGUGAGACUUUCAAACGAACCAUUUUUACAAAGGAAUGGCUACAAACCAAGUCCACUGGAUUUGGCGGCAAUCGAAUUAGGCCCGAAGAUGGAGGCCUUGGUGGAGCUUUUGGCUGAAAACACCCAUAACGUGUGGGCCAAAGAGCGCAUCGCUCAGUUCUGGACCUACGGUCUAAAUGAAGACAUCGAAAGAAGGCGAAGCCCUCAUCUUCUUCAAUAUAGUUUUGUGGACGAGGCCAUCAAGAUUGCCAAUCGAAACAGUGCCAGUGACACGAUCAAGACAUUGAUGGUCUAUGGUUAUAUAUUAGACCCACCCUCUGGAGAUCACGAGCGGGGAUCAGAGGAGAUGGACAACAUCAAAGUCCAUAAUCGUACCUAUCGUCUGGAGAAGACUUAUGGUGUGGCAGCUGGUCGAUGGUACUACGAAGUCGAGAUCCUGACCGAGGGUUGCAUCAAGAUUGGAUGGCAAACUACUGGAACUCCACCUCAAGGAGAUGUGGGUGACCACGUGACCUCUUGGAGCUUCAACGGAACACGCGAGGAAAAGAUCCACGCAGGGGUUUACGAAUCCUAUGGCAAGCUUUGGAAACCAGGCGACAUUGUGGGUGUUUUCCUAGACCUUACUGACCGCACCGUUUCAUUUUCGCUCAAUGGAGAGCUCCUUGUCGAUCAAGCCGCGGGAGAUGCAGCCUUCAGCGAGGUAACGGGCGAAGAAUUUGUCCCGGCCUUGACCUUGGGUAGCAAUCAAGCGUGCAAAACCAACUAUGGUCACAACGUGGACACUUUGGUGUAUUUCACCACUUGUGGUUUGCAAGAGGGUUACGAACCCUUUUGCGUCAAUAUGAGCCGACCAGUGACGUUUUGGUAUACGAAAAGACUCCCCAUUUUCGAAAGUUUCGAGGAUAUCGAAGACUGUCGGGUUGACGUGACUCGACUUCCGUCUAGUUCGGACAGUUCACCUAGCUUGAAAAUUAGCCACGUGACUUACGAGCAGGAAGAAAAGGCCGAUUGGGAGUUCCUCAGACUCAGUAUGCCUGUUACGGUUCAGGAAAAUCUGAUAUCGGACUUUGAAAAGUCAAAACGUUUACAGAUGGUUCAUUCAUCAAUGCGUCAAAGGCCCAACUCCAGCAAUCGCAUGAGCCAAGGGGAUCGCGAUUUCAAGGGCAUUGAAGACGGUGCAGGUGCCUCGGGGAUGAAUGCCUGGUCUCCAGCAGCCUUGGCCGCCAUGAACGAGUAUUUCUACGGAGUGCGCAUCUUUCCCGGACAAGACCCGAAUGUGGUGUACGUAGGAUGGAUCACCACUCAAUAUCACAUCCAUAGUGCGGAUUUUUCACAAGACCUCUUACGACACACGACCAUUCAAAAGCUCGACCAAUACGGACGCAUCCAGACCAGUUUGGAUCGCCAUAGCAGCUACAUUGUGCGAGCCGACGAGCUCUACAAUCAAGUGAGUCCCGAGAGUUCGGGAAAGACACCCUCCCAAGGGUUGUUCAUCGGUUGCUUCGUGGACACGUCCACUGGGAUCAUUCACUUCACUUGUGAGGGCAAACAGACACAGAAGAGCUUCAUCAUGGAACCGGGCACCAAACUCUUUCCGGCCGUUUUCUUCAAAGCCACCACCAAAGACGCCCUCCAAUUCGAAUUGGGACGUACGCCCACCAGUUUACCGUAUUCAUCGGCCAUCCUCUUGAACUCGGGCAAGCACAUCAACCCUCAAUUACCACCUCGAUUGAAGGUCCAGUGUCUAAAGCCCCACCAAUGGGCUCGAGUGCCCAAUAAGAACUUCCAGAUUCAUUCGCUCAAACUCUCGGAUAUUCGAGGUUGGAGUUUGUUGUGCGAGGAUCAAGAAUCCAUGAUGGCGCUCCAUAUUCCCGAAGAGGAUCGUUGCAUCGAUAUCUAUGAGCUCAUCGAACAAGACCGAUUGCUCAGCUUCCACGUACAAACUCUAAAAUUGUACGAGGCCUUGUGCUUUCAAUCCAACUUCAAGGCUCAGCAUAUCAUUUGCCGGUAUUGCGAUGGGAAGCAGCUUUUGUACGCCAUUCAAUCACCGUACAUGCCUGGCCAAUUGCGAAGAGCCUUCUUUGACACGCUCAUCGCUCUCCAUCUGGAAUCCUACGCCAACACUAUAUUGUCGACCAAAGAGGAGUUCAUCAUUCCGAUGGGACGAAAAGUGGAGCACUUGUACAAUGAAUUGAGUUUGGGCAACAGUAUGGAAUCGGCAGAAUGCGCUUCCAUUCGGCCUCUCAUGUCCACUAGUCCCAUACAGAGUGAUCCAAGUGCCUCCAAAUGCGUGUCUAUGCCAUACUUUCCGUUGGACUUGGUCAAGGAUAUUGUGAUGUCCUCGCUAGAAACCGCCUGCCAAGUCAACCAAGUGCACAACCGGGAUCCAAUAGGAGGUUCCAAUGAAGACCUUUUUGUGCCUUUGAUCAAGUUGAUUGACAAGUUAUUACUUGUGGGUGCUCUAUCCGAUGAAGACAUCCUACAAUUACUAACCAUGAUCCAUCCCAAGAGUUGGGCUCCAGAAAAAGCAGUAGAAAGCGAAAGACGUAAAGGUAUCCUGGAUAUGAAAGUUCAAGAGGGCGUGAAACUUCAACUAUGUCAUCUGCUUCACCAUCUGUGCGAUCUUCAGAUGCGACACAUGAUCGAGUCCAUAGUAGCUUUCUGCCAACAUUACAUGGGAGACUUGCAGGCUGAUCAGCUUCGGAGGUACAUCGAUAUCAAACAGUCGGAUAUGCCAUCUGCGGUGGCUGCAAAGAAAACCAAGGAAUUCCGUUGUCCUCCACGUGAACAAAUGAAAACGAUUCUCGGGUUCAAGAAUUUUGAUGCCAAAGAAUUGGAGGACCAUCCUUGCACGGUGCCUCUAAGAAAUCGAAUGAUUGAGUUCCACGAAAGGAUGCUAAAAGAAAGUGCCAUUUCAGCCAUUAUUGACGAGAGCGACCCCGAGGGAUCACAAGAACCGGUGGAUGAGAACCCGAGUGUCUUCAGUGUGGUGUUCAAGGCUUUACGUGAAGCUGGAAAUCCGUCAGCCAGCACUUCGGACAAUGAUGAUAGCCAAGGCGAGAAGUCUUGCGAGAGCAAAUUCCGCAAGGUCCUGGUGGAUACUCUGGUCCGUUGGGGACAAGAGUCUUUCAUAUCCUCCAAUGAUUUGGUUCGAGAGAUGUUUUCGUUGCUACUACGCCAAUACGAUAUCGUGGGAGAGCUCAUCGUGGGUUGUGGCAACACUUACAUUGUGGAUCCGACCACUGAGGGAGAUGUGACCACCAUGUGGGUGUCUCUGAGUCGAAUUCGGAGCUUGCUCCCUGUCCAAAUGUCCAAAGAAGAAGAGGCCCUUGUCCGGGAGUUGCUUUGGAAUUUGGUCAAUAAUCAUGUGUUCUUCCAACAUCCCGAUCUUAUUCGGAUUCUUCGCGUGCACGAGAAUGUGAUUGACAUAAUGAUGAACAGCAUUUCUCGAUCGUCGCAAGACAGUAGCGAAAACGGCGACGAAUCAGAUGCGACGGGUGGAUCCGAUAGCUCCGCUUACGACAUGGUGGUGGCCUGUUGUCGGUUCUUAUGCUAUUUCUGUCGAACUUCCCGACAAAACCAGCGAGCCAUGUUCGACCACCUGGAAUUCAUUCUGGAGCAUGCGAACCUACUUUUGUCCAGACCGAGUCUGCGAGGCUCCGCCCCGUUGGAUGUGGCCUACUCGUCGCUCAUGGAUAACACGGAAUUAGCUCUCGCCUUACGUGAACAUCACCUGGACAAAAUUGCUCUGUAUCUCUCGCGAUGUGGCUUGACCGGGAACAUGGAGCUCAUUGGUCGAGGUUAUCCCGAUCUUGGAUGGGAUCCCGUGGAAGGCGAGCGCUUCUUGGAUUUCCUUCGCUUUUGCGUUUGGGUAGGAGGUGAAUCGGUGGAAGAGAAUGCCAAUCUGGUAAUCCGCCUCCUGAUCCGAAGACCCGAAUGCUUGGGACCGGCUUUAAGAGGUGAAGGCGAAGGUCUGCUCAAGGCCAUCAUGGGUGGCAACGAUCUCUCGGAGCAGAUCUCGAUCAAACGAGACCACCCUGAAUACCAACACGACCUUCAGCACCCUCUCCCUGCUGGAGACGACGACGAGGAUUGGAUCGACACGGGAUCGGCCAUCUUGUCGUUCUACUCGACCUUGGUGGAUCUUCUCGGCCGAUGUGCUCCCGAAGCUACACUGAUUGCUCAAGGAAAGAAUGACUCUUUACGAGCCCGUGCCAUUCUAAAGUCAUUGGUGCCAUUGGAGGAUCUCCAAGGAGUUCUAGGCCUGCGCUUUCAUAUUCGUUAUGAACGACAGACUGAUGACGGAUCCGAUAUGCCGACUGGACUCAUACCGAAUCACAAACAAAGCAUGGCUCUCUUUUUGGAACGCGUUUAUGGCGUGGAAGACAAGCAAUUGUUCUUUUCGCUUCUGGAGAAUGCUUUCCUUCCAGAUUUGCGAAGUGCCACCAUGUUGGAUAAGUCUGAAGGCGAAUCAGAUAUGGGUCUGGCUCUGAAUCGAUAUAUUGGCAAUUCGGUAUUGCCGAGUCUGGUCAAGUAUAACCGAUACUACGGUGAUGCAGAAAAUCAGGCCCCCCUCUUAGAGGCCACCCUCCACACCGUCUAUCGAUUGAGCAAGGGCAAGAUGCUGACCAAUGUCCAGCGACAAGUUGUUUCGGACUUUCUUGUGACACUCACCAAAGAAAUCCAUCCGGCCAUGCUCUUGAAAUUGCUCCGACAAAUGACCGUCGAUCUGUCCAACUUGAACGAAUACUCCAAUGUUGCUUUGAAGAUGCUCACUCUCUUUUACGAGAGAUGCAGUAAAUACUAUUGUUCGCAACAUGGACAAGGAUCCUAUGGAUGUGCCUCAGAGGAAGAGAAACGUCUCACCAUGAGUUUGUUCCUGAGCAUCUUCGAUUCGCUCUCCAAGAUGGAAUACGAGCCUGAGCUCUUUGGCAAAGCUCUUCCAUGUCUGACAGCUAUUGGAUGUGCCUUGCCCCCGGAUUAUUUCCAAUCCUCGCAUGGCGACGAUAGUAUUUAUUACAAGAAGCAGCAAGAAACCACAGUGGGACAAUACACCCCCACGCCUAUAGAUACAAAGCAGGUGGAUCUGAACAACGAUUUGCUUCAGCUCGUAUCGAAGUUCUCUGAGCAUUAUCAUGACGCUUGGGCCCAAAGAAAGUUUGAGGCUGGCUGGAGUUAUGAUCAAAGAACGGUUCGGGAAAGAAAGCUGCAUAACCGAUUGAAGCCCUUUCACAACUUGAGCCAACAGGAAAAGGAUUUCUACCAACACCCCGUGUUCAACACACUCAAAGCCAUGAUUUCUUUGGGCUGGGAAAUCACUUACAAUGACACCAUGACCUCAGCACGAGAUCAGCCCUCCUCCAGCCAUCAGGCGUCCAAUUCUGGAUCUGGCUACAACCCCAGCCCCGCCGACAUGACCAAUUUGACACUCUCAAGGGAGCUCAUGAAUUUGGGCGAACGAUUGGCGGAAGAUGCGCAUGAUAUUGAUGCUUUGAACAAGAUCGUCAGUGGCGAGUUGACUGGACUCGAUCUGACCUUAGUUCCCUAUGAUUUGCUCACGGACAAAGAGAAGCGGAAAACCAGGGAACGCAGUCAGGAAUUGCUCAAGUACAUUCAAUACAAAGGUUAUGAUCUCUCACGUAUCGAGGUCAAAGAUAAUGGAAGCACAUCUACGGCCCGAUCGUCCAAGGACAAUCGGUUUGCUAGUAAUCUGUUGGAGAAGCUCAUCAUGUACUUGGAUUCCUCGGCCCCUCACAUGAAGCUUCUUAAGCCAUCGGCCAACUUCUCCCGAAGAACGAGUUACCAAAGGCCCAACCGAUCGGUCAAGUUCUUCUCGAAAGUGGUUCUUCCGCUCAUGGAGAAGUACUUUCAUCAUCAUCGAGCCUACUUCACAUCCAUUGCUUAUUCGAUGGGCUCGGCGGGUGUUGCCACCAUCAAAGAGAAGGAGGCUGUGGCCAGUUUAUUCUGCAAGUUGGCCAGUCUUCUUCGAGCCCGUCAAUCCGCCUUUGGCAGUGACAUGAAACAAGCCGUCAAAUGCCUGCAAGUGUUGGUGAAGGCCAUUGAUGCGAGGUCCUUGGCAAAGAGUCGACCCGAGUUCGUGCGAACAUCCAUGCUGUUGUUCUUCAACAAUUGUGCAGAUGACCUGGAGAAGACCAUCUUCAACCUUCAGGAGGGUCGAUUGCCUCAUUUGAGAGGAACCCACAUGGUGACAUCCACCUCCAUUGGUUAUGUAUUCGACAUCCUAGUGCCUGUCCUUAUCUCCACCUUUGAUCAUUUGUCAGCCUAUGAGUUCGGACAAGACCUUCUGGUGGAUGAGAUCCAAGUGUCUUGCUUCAAGAUCAUCGAAUGUUUGUAUGUUCUGGGCACCAAUGUGGCUUUGACUAAGAGCAAGCGAUUCUUGAGACAAGAGAUCACACAACAUCGGUCCAAUAUUGGUGUGUGUUUGGCAGCCAUCUCUUCGACGUUUCCAGUGGCUUUCCUGGAGCCAUCGCUCCACAAAUACAACCCACACUCUGUGAUCGGAUCAGGUUUUGCCAAGAAGUCCCUAGAAGCUCAAGAGGUCGUGGCGAGGAUGGAACACAACAUCCCGUCGUUGGAUAAUUUGGUCCUAGAAAUUCAGCAAUACGUGGAGGAGGGCAAGACAUUUACUGACGAACCCCAAGUGAUCGAGGUUCUGAUUCCGUUCCUUUGCUCCUACCUGACCAAUUGGUGGCUUCACGGUCCUGACAAUGAGAAUCCCAAGCAAGGCGGUUAUUCCACCAUGGUCACCUCAGUCCAACUGAACUCCGUGUUCAAGAUCAUUUUGAAUUUGAUCAAGAAACAUAUUGGAGAUCUCGACGCCUCGUGGAUGUCGAACAUUGCCACGCACGCUAAUCAGAUCAUCAUUCAGUCAUCUGGCGAUCUGCUUCAAGAACCUGUCUUACCCUUGGCAAAGAAAUGCCAUGAACGUGUCGAGCAAAUGUUCCACAAAGAGGAGGCGUGCAAAGGAUACUUGAAGGCUGCCAUGGAUGACGCCUCCCAAGUGGAGGGCGAGCUUCAAGAGCAAUGGGCUGUCAUCGUGCGAGACUUGUACGCCUUUCUACCGCUUCUUAUCAAGUUUGUCGACAUUCAGCGAUCUCAUUGGAUCAAAAAUAAAAACGAGGCUUCCGAGGUGCUGUACAAUAUCAUUGGAGAAAUGUUCAACAUCUUCAUGGCUUCAGGGUACUUCAAACGAGAAGAGCAAAACUUCAUCACGGCCAAUGAGAUUGACCCAAUGGCCCUGAUCAUGCCCAGUGGAUCGGGCCGUACGCGUAAUGCAGCGGCCGAGCAAGCCCAACCCAACAAAGCGGGUGGAGCUCAAGUCAGCAAGAAAAAGAAACUCAAGAAGGAGAAGCCCUCGGACAAGACCACGUUCUCGAGCCUGGUUGUGACGGCAUUGAAACGAAUGCUUCCGGUUGGUUUGAACCUCUUCGCUGGACGAGAGCAAGAGUUGGUGCAACAUUGCAAAGACAAGUUCCUCCAGAAAUAUCGUGAUGAUGCUAUAACGGACUUUGUCCGCACUCAGCUAACGUUGCCGCUGAAAAUCGAUCUCAGUGACGAGCUCUCUUGGCAACAUCAUCUGUACUCAACCUUGGGAAAUCGCCAAUCCAUCGAUCCCAGAAAUCUCAAGCCAGAAGCUCUGGAGAGUCUCAUCCAACGAAUCAUCACCAUGGGUAGGAUUCUCUACGGGUUGCACAUGAUUGACCAUCCAUCGGGUGAAUCCAGCAAGGCUGGAUUUCCCAAAGUGGUGUCCAUUCAGAGAAAACGGGCUGUAAUCGCGUGUUUCCGACAAACAUCCCUGCAUUCGCUUCCUUUGCACUCGGCCAUCAAUCUGUUCCUGAGAACCUACCGAGAGAAUUGGUUGGAGGACGACAACAUUGAUCAAGAGCUUCUAAUCGACCAUCUCACGAAAACAUUCGAAGACUCGGAGACCAAUAAGGAUGACACGGCCGCCAGUAGCGAAGAAGAGGAACCGGAUCAAGUGAAGCAGCUCAUCUUCUCUUUCUGUCAAGGUGCCAUGAUGCAAACAGCCAAAGAAUCCGAGGAGGACGAGCUCUAUUUGGCCUAUGCUGACAUCAUGGCUCGAUCAUGUGGAGCCGAGGAUGAAGAGGAGGGUGAUGGAGAUGACGUAGGAGAAGGGACUUCCCUCCAAGAGCAAGAAAUCGAAAAAAUGAAGCUGCUCUUCAAUCAGGAUCGAUUGGCCGAUCGCGGUGCGUCUGAAAUGGUACUGUAUCAAAUCUCGGCUUGUGGUGGAACAGCCGGGAACAUGAUUGAGAACACGCUCCGAUUGGGUAUUUCCAUUCUCCGCGGGGGCAAUGUGGCCGUUCAAACGGCCAUGCUCACCACCCUCAAGGAGCGUCGUGACACGGGAUUCUUCACGUCCAUCUCAGGCUUGAUGAACUCCUGUACGGUCCUGGAUCUAGAUGCCUUCGAACGAAAUACCAAGGCUGAGGGUUUGGGAGUGGGUCCGGACGGACCCGCGGGUGAAAAGAAUAUGCACGAUGCAGAUUUCACCUCGUUGCUCUUCCGAUUCAUUCAACUCACUUCCGAAGGCCACAACAAUGAUUGGCAGAAUUAUCUUCGCUCUCAAGCCGGGAAUACGACUACGGUCAAUCUGGUGAUUUGCACUGUGGACUAUUUGCUCCGACUGCAAGAGUCCAUGAUGGAUUUCUAUUGGUAUUACUCCAGAAAGGAGUUGAUCGACAAUGCGGGGAAAAGCAAUCUUCUCAAAGCCAUCGGUGUGGCUAGUCAGGUGUUCAAUACCCUCACUGAAGUUAUCCAAGGACCUUGUGUCGGCAACCAGCAGACUCUGGCCCAUUCUCGUUUGUGGGAUGCCGUUAGUGGCUUUCUGUUCUUGUUUGCACACAUGCAAGAAAAGCUCUCCAAGCAUUCGUCACAGGUGGAUCUCCUGCAAGAGUUGUUGAAUCUGCAAAAAGAUCUGAUCGUGAUGUUGUUGAGUAUGCUUGAGGGAAACAUCCUCAAUGGAACCAUCGGAAAGCAAAUGUUGGAUACACUCGUGGAGUCCUCUGCUACCGUUGAGAUGAUCUUGCAAUAUUUCAAUCUAUUCUUGAAUCUACCUGCCGAAGAUGAACUGGAUUUGAUGGAUGGAACAAUUGACCCCAAUGACUUUAGAGAGCGUCUUGAGCAAGCCAAGAGCCUUUCAAGUGAUGAAAUUGACUUCAUUUUGCUUUGCUGCGACACGAAUCACGACGGCAAAAUCGACUACCCAGAGUUCAAUGAGCGCUUUUUGGAACCUGCCAAAGAGAUUGGAUUUAAUCUGGCCGUGCUUCUCACCAACUUGUCCGAACACAUGCCCAACGAUCCUCGACUCGUCAAGUUCCUCGAGACUGCCGGCACUGUUUUGGAAUACUUUGAGCCAUAUUUGGGACGCAUCGAGAUCAAAACCUCGGACAAGAUAGAAAGAGUCUAUUUUGAGAUCGAUGGAAACAACAUUGAGCAAUGGGAGAAACCUCAGAUCAAAGAGUCUAAACGAGCUUUCUUCUAUGCCACAAUCACUGAAGGUGGCGACAAAGAGAAACUGGAAUGCUUCGUCGACUUUUGCGAGGAUGCAAUCUUUGAGAUGCAACAUGCAGAGUCCCUCAUGAGCUCGUCAGAGGAUGGAGGCACAUCCACAGUGGCUUCUAGUGGUCCCAGAAUGGUGGACGACGAGACUCCCACUGGAAUCAUCAAGCCCUUGAAGGCUUCUUUCCAAAAAAUGAAAGAAAACGUGGCUCAAGGAGCGAAGGCCAUGUCUCCCUCUAAUCUGAAGAGACACUUGGAACGGCUCAAGAGUCAACCGGCCAUGACGUCCACGAUGGAAAUUUUGCAAAUGCUGUUCUGGUUGCUCUACUUCCUCGGGUUCAUCAUCGUCAAUAUCCUGGGAUACGGCGCCAAGAUCAUGGUCAAAAUCAUGAGAGGUGACAUUUUUGGCAACGGACCGGACUCGGCAAAGACCAAAGACCAAAAAGGCGGAUCUAAUGAUACAACUCUGGCUACAACUAGUUCUAGUGCAACUCCACCCUCGUCAGCCUCACUAUUGGCCCAGCAAGAGGCCGUGAUGAGCGUUCUGGAUGCCUCAAAACAUAAACCGGCAGCGAAACAAGAAGAGGGUGUGUCUUCCUUCGAUUUUGGCCUCUACAUGAAGAAGGCUCUCAGCUUCUUGGCACGAAAGUUUUUCACCAUGAAGUUCAUCGCUUUGGCCAUUGCUUUCCUUAUUAACUUCAUGUUACUAUUCUUCAAGGUAUCCGUGGUCGAAAGUGACGAGGAUGACGUGACCUCUUUGGAAGAAGGAGCGGAAGAUGAAGCCGAUGAGGAAUUUGUGACGGUUGAUGAGCGCUACUAUUAUCUCGAGUACAUCAUUCGAUUUUUGGGAAUAGCCCACGCCUUCGUGUCCUUGUGCAUGCUAGUGGCCUAUUAUAAUUUGAAAGUGCCCCUGGCAAUAUUCAAGCGAGAAAAAGAAGUGGCCCGAAGAUUGGAGUUCGACGGACUUUACUUGGCAGAACAGCCCGAUGACGACGACAUCAAGGCCCAUUGGGAUAAGCUCGUCAUUUCGGCCAGAUCGUUCCCUGCGCUCUAUUGGGACAAAUUCGUAAAGAAGCGGGUUCGACAAAAAUACUGUGAGCAAUUCGAAUUCGACGCCAUUAGCAAUAUCCUGGGCAUGGAGAAGAGUGCCAUCAUCGGACAAGAGGAGCGACACGGAAUCUGGGAUAGCAUUAUCGGCAUCGAUUGGCGAUAUCAAAUCUGGAAGGCCGGAGUGACAAUCACCGAUAGCCCUUUCCAAUACCAACUUUGGUAUUUCCUGUUCUCUCUCCUGGGCAACUUGAAUUACUUCUUUUUUGCCGCUCAUCUCUUGGAUGUGGCUUUUGGUGUGGCUGCUCUGCGAAUCAUCUUGGAGGCCAUCACUCACAAUGGCAAGCAGCUGAUUCUCACAGUGAUGCUCCUGACCAUUAUCGUGUACAUUUACACGGUGAUCGCCUUCAACUUCUUCCGGCGUUUCUACGUUUCCGAAGAGGAAGAACAAAUUGACCAGAAAUGCCACGACAUGCUAACUUGUUUUGUGUUCCACCUGUACAAGGGUGUAAGAGCAGGAGGUGGCAUUGGAGACGAGAUUGAGCCUCCAGAUGGAGAUGAGUACGAGGUCUAUCGGAUCCUGUUCGACAUCAGCUUUUUCUUCUUCAUCAUUGUCAUCUUGCUGGCUAUCAUUCAGGGUUUUAUCAUUGACGCAUUCGGUGCGCUUCGUGAUCAAAUGCAAGGAGUGGAGGACGAACUGGAGAACAAUUGCUUCAUAUGUGGAAUAGGCAAGGACUACUUGGACAAGAUUCCUCACGGAUUUGACAUCCACGUACAGAAAGAACACAACCUGGCCAAUUAUCUGUUCUUUUUGAUGUAUCUCAUCAACAAAGAUGAGACCGAGUACACAGGUCAAGAAACCCACGUGUGGAACAUGUACCAAAAUCGAUGUUGGGACUUCUUUCCCGCUGGCGAUUGCUUCCGAAAGCAAUACGAGGACGAGCUUAUCUCAAGUUAAGCCGAGAAAAAACUGACAAUCUGUUUUCAGUUCAGUUGAUUGUUUGUGUGUGUAUAUAUUAAACGUUCGUAUGCAAA